AAGCAUCAGACGUUGUGCACGGAGAAAACGGUGAUGCAUUUUUUUACUAUCAAACAGCGAAUCAGUCGUGUCACCGUCGGGCGCAACCAGGCUAAUUGGCGGAGAAUUACCCUCUUUGCUUGACCAGCAGAGAAGACAUGCACACAGCAGACGAAUCUGUGGGGUACAACGACAGAAACAAACAUUGAAAGGGACAAAGUAGCUGCAAAACGAGGGCGGCUAAUGAAGACGCGAGGAAUUUAUCCCGAAUGGUGUGAACAGGGCAAUCUACACAAGGGCCUCGAUGGUCCUAACAAGAGCGAUAUUUGACUGACGAGCUAACCCUGGCUGCUCAAAUUUAAAUAAGAGGACCACAGACAGAUAAAAACGGAUGAACGAGAAGCAGUUUCUCGUCAAUGGCAGCAGUUGGGCAGCCAGGGCGUUAACGAAGUUUGGUUGAUCGAGAGUUUGAGACAGACGACGCCUCGAUAGGCGCAGGCCAAGGGAGAUGUGGCUGGCUCGCAACUAUUAUAGCCAGCGCUGAGGGAGGUUGGAUGAAACAAGAUCGCAGGUUUGUUUCGCAUCUGUUUGUUAUUUACAAUAUUUUGUUUUUAUAGACAAGAUCUAUAAUAUAUAAUGCGGCACGAGACCAGGCAAGCUGAGCGCGGAAGUUGCCACUGUGAGCGUCAUUCAUCCCCCUCGCUGGUCGAGAGAUAACUAGUAAUUAGUUAGGCUUCACCCGCAACCUCCAGGUCGUUGUUCGGCUAAAUAUUUAGUUGAAUAUCUAUGACUACGUCCACCUCCAUCCUGGAGGAAUAACUCUUCUCACGACCGAACCGGCACCGUCCUCUUGCUUGUGAAUUUAUAUACCGCUUGCCUUGCCUUGCCUCCCCCUUGUUCGUUGAAGCACCCCGCGAUAUUCUUACCAAGGUUCUUGCACCAAAAUAACUUCGUCCCCGCUUCAUCCUUACCAAAUCAAAUCUCAGUCCCUGGUUCAUCCCCGCCUCAAUUUCCACGAUAGCAGAUUUGCUUUCCGUCUGUGUCAUCCCGAGAACUCAAAUAACGAGUCUCCACUCCGGGCUCAUCAAUAACUUUUCUUUUAUGUCUCGCCGCGGCGAUUCGUCCUCCGCCAGCACCAGCAGCUCUGGUGGAGGCGGAGGGGGAGGUAGAUGGGAUGCUGCCCGCUUUUUUAGAGAGCGCGAGGAACGACAGGAGCCCCACUCUCGAGAGAGACGAACACAGAUCGUUGACCGACCUCCCCCAGCUGAAAGACGGAGACGGGACGUCGACGAGUUACUCCAGGCUGCACAUGAACGCUUCGGCCCGCCCGCCAGGAGGCCCGGUCGAACCUACAACGAUGAACACCUUGUCCCAUCUUCAGGCGCCAUGAUUCCAUUCCGUGAGAGAGAAGAGCGAGACCGAAGCCCCCCAGUACGCCCGCAGCUACUCCGUCGCCAAUCAUCACUGGAUACUUUUGACCGCGCGGCUGCUCGUCGGGGUUAUGACAAAUACGAUCGCGAAGACUAUGGUCCGCCGGUGACCCCAGUUCCUGUCCCACAUCGGAGACGCACACCGCCCACUCAUGAAAAGGUGGACUUCGAGGAGAUCAGAGUUGCGGAGCCGGAGUAUUAUGGGGAUGAAGAAUACCACCGCAUCCGAAUGCGGGACAGGAGUGUAACUCCGCGACCCCGCGGGCGGAGCAUUCCUCCUUCCCCCCAGUCAGUGGAAGUGAGGGAGAUUCGGCCAUCAACUGCCCCACGUCGAGGCAAAACCCGUAUGCCCAAACGUUUAGUGCACCCUCGGGCCAUUAUUGAUCUUGGCUACCAAUAUGAGGAAGAGGAGGAUGCCUACAUCAUUUUCCAAGCAUUACAGGAGGCCCAUAUAGAGGACUUGGUAACCCGGAGCAGAGAAGUUAGGCGGACAGCCACAACGACGGAAAUUACAGACACACUGACCGUUGGCCAUCCACGGGACAACCUCAGCAUAGAAAGACGGCGGUCAGUCUCAAGGCGGCCUGCAACAAGAGUGGUUGAACGGUCUCGAUCACGCCGGCCGUCCGUCUCACGACCAGAGCCUGCUCCAGUACGCCACCACCGCCGCCGACGAUCCUCGCCUAUCCGGAUCAUUGAACCCAGAGAUGUCGUUUUUGAGGAUGUCAUUGAGCCCCGUGCUGAUGUCGCGCUCAUCGUACCUGAUCGUCGACGGUUAGGGAGAGAUACGCAAGCGGAAACCCGGGCAUUGGAUCGGGAGAGGCGGGCUUUGAGGUCUGAGAGGGAGGGAGCUUUGGAUGUUGAGGAAACUCUCGAUGUGCGGCGGGAGCCUAAAGCUCCAAGCCCUCGACUGAUCAGAGCGAUGAUGGCAACGUUGACAUGAAGGGUUGAUUGCGAGCUCAAUCACCCACUUCUCCUCAUCGGAAUCAGCCGCAUUCUCGUACUGUUUAUGCCAAACCUGACGGGAAUGUCCCCAUCAACGACAGAUGAGUGUGCAGACUCUGUCCUUCAUGAUUUCUUCUUGUCUCUACGGCAUGCUAGUGUAUAUGCUCCCCUUCGCCUGUUCUAUUGAUCUGGCGUAAUGUAAUUCUUAUGUUUUCUAUCGAUGUAACCAACCAACCCCAUAGCUAUUACCCAUAUAUAGCCAUUUUAAAUUUAAUAUAUGUGAAUGAACACGAAUUCAUUCCCCGCGGCUUAGGUACUAUGCAUGGAUGUAUGAUACGAGUCCCGUCUGUUAUAAUAAAUACAAUCAGGCAGCGGGACCACAUGACUUAGGGCCAAC